AUGCCGCCGCCGCAAAGCCCGGCCUCGGACCACACAGUCCAAACACCACCCAACUUCUUGGGCUAUCUCAACCCUGAAGCCGUCUUGCGAGAGCAAGUUCACUCCGAGCGUGGAAAGACUGCUCAGUCGCCCAGCCAUCCUCCCAUUGGACAAUGGAUCGAAGAACGAGAUCAGAGACAGGCAUCGUCGCAAGUGGGUUCAGGCGCUUCGCGGAUAGUAGAAACAGGUCCGCAUUCCAACCAGGAGGCUCAGGUAUCUAGGGCUCUCCUAACCUACCUAGACGCGGUCGGAGUUGAUAUACUCCCUUCUCGUAUGAACCAAACGGCGCUUCUCGAGAUCUACUUCAGCCACGUCCAUCCGCUGCUCCCGCUUGUGGACAAGGAGCUGUUUUACGAGCAGUACAACUAUGGUCGGGAACCUCGAAUUCUGAUGCAAGCAAUUUGUAUUGUCGCUUCAAAACACGCAACAGCCGCCAAGCACCUUUAUUUGGGUAACGAGACCCAGCCACUCAAUCCACGCGAGUUCUCUCAAAGGCUCUACAAUGCCGUCAUUGUUGGGAUCGAAGCAAAGUUGGAGAAGAAUCGCGUCGUGCUCAUCCAAGUGCUUGCUCUCAUAUCACUUCAUUGCGAAGGUCCAGAUGGCGCUGAGCAAGCUUCCAUGCAUCUUGCACAAGCCAUCCAUCACGCGCAUACCUUCGGCCUCCAAUUUGGACAUCAAUGGAAAAACCAAAGUUCGGAAUCCCAAGGCAAUUUGGAGGAUGUCUUCUGGUGUCUUUGGAGUUUGGAUAAGAUCAACGCUUGUAUGAACGGAAGACCUUUGCUGAUGCACGAUCGCGACAACAGUUUGAGACAGCUCCCUCAAGAUCCGGAAAAAAGAUCAAGCCCAUUUGGAAUUUGGCUUCAAAUCUCCGAGAUGUUGGACAAAGUCAUCGACUACUAUAGGCCUGGCAGAGCUGCUGAAGAGACUGGCUGGGAAGGUGAUGACUUCUUAGGGUUUGAAGAGAUGGUUGGAGACGGCGAAGACAAGCUCGAUGGCCCUAUCAUGAGUCUUCUAUCGCUUUUCCAUCACACCAUGUGCAUGGCCUCCCACAAAUCCCUCUCCAUCAACGCGCCGGUCAAGUCAACACCCUCCUACGUCCGACAAAGUCUCUCCGCGACACGAGUGAUCCAUCUUCUCAACGCUGAAUCCCCCGAGCUACUCCCACCGCUUCCCAUUGUACCCUACGCACUCGGUGUAGCCCUCAGCGUGGUGUAUCGUCACUUCCGCUCUCGCCGCCUAAAGGUCCACGUCAACCGCGCCACCGAAGAACUCAAGCAAUGCGUCCGCCUUCUCGACCGAUUACGGAACUCUUGGUGGUCUGCGGGCACGACAGCUGAUCUCGGACGAGCUGUGCUCAGCAAUGCAGCAGGACGUAAUACCAACGCUGUCAACACGCCGGUACCGGUUCCAGCCGAACCCCGACCGACCGAGCCGAAGACGGAGCCGCCGGCACCACAAAACACACAUAGCAACCAAAUGGCACCACUAAAUCAGUCGCAGCCAUGGACGCAGAACAUGGGAGAGACGCCUAUCGACCCUCGGCUCCAACAACACCAAAAUCAUCCUCACGCCAACUCGCCCAUGAACAGUCUUCUCAACCCGAUAAGCGCUCCUACACCCGGUCAACACCCCACAAGUAGCGAACGUGCAGAUCGCGCGGCGCCUAUGACGGGCCCACCCGCGGGUUUCGGUUUCGCUGAACAGUCGCCAGACUGGUUGAAUUUCGACGCAGCGUUCGAGAACUUUGAAGGCUUACUGGGCAGUAGCGGUGCGGAUCUGAGUAACGAGUUGUUCAAGCCGUUGAACUAUGAGACACUGGAGGGAUUCUUAGAUCCUGCUGCUUAG